AUGCGAGAUGGCAACUUUCUGUUCUGCAUCAAGUUUCGACGCGGCCGCAUGCGUCGCUGCAGCUGCGGCGCAGCGACGUUGCAGAAUGGCGAUGGCAGCACUGCGGGCAGUGCAACAUGCGGGGAGCGUCUGCAUGGAGAGGACUCGUUGCAUGCAAAUCUAAUGUGCAGUCAACUGCUAUUGAAUCCCAUGCAAACCAAAAACGAGGCUGACUGUGAGAAGCUAAGCACUGGCAAAAAGGACUCGAUUGUAACGGUCGCCGCGUUGGGGAAUUUCACGCACAGCGUGGUUCGACGUGCAACAGGAAGUAAGUAG